UGAGUCAUCUAUUGGGUUCCGCCCCACACCUCUGCUUCCACGAUUGGAGCAAAUGACUGCCCCUCAGCAGUGUUGCCUGGCAACGGGGAAGGGGCGGUUCCUGAGAGGAAGCUGUGGGCUGCUGGAUCCCACCAAACAGGAGAGCACCAGGAAGCCCGGCAGGAGAAUUCUGCCAGAUACCAGAACAGAUGGGGAACAGCGGAAGCCGUGUGGGGCAGAGCUUUUGUUCACGGUUUCUUCCUGAGGAACAGGCAGAGAUUGAUCGAUUGUUUGAUGCUCUGUCAUCGGAUAAAAACAGUCCAAAUGUCUCCUCCAAAUCCUUUUCUCUGAAGGCACUACAGAACCACGUCGGGGCAGCUGUUCCCCUGGAGAUGGUCACCAGGCUGUACGAUGGCAUGCGGAGGGUCGACCUGACAGGGAAGGCGAAGGGACCCAGUGAGAACGUGUCCCGGGAACAGUUCACAGCAUCCAUGUCCCACCUGUUGAAAGGAAACUCCGAGGAGAAGAGUCUCAUGAUUAUGAAAAUGAUUUCUGCCACAGAAGGUCCCAUGAAGGCCAGAGAAGUCCAAAAGUUUACAGAGGAUCUGGUUGGCUCUGUGGUGCACGUGCUAAGCCACCGACAGGAGCUGAGAGGCUGGACUGGGAAGGAAGCCCCAGGGCCCGCCCCUCGGGUGCAGGUGCUGGCUGCUCAGCUGCUCUCUGAGAUGAAGCUGCAAGAUGGCAAGAGGUUUCUGGGGCCCCAGUGGCUGGACUGUGACUGUGACCGAGCCAUGAUCGAGGACUGGGUGUUCAGGGUCCCCCACGUGGCCAUAUUCCUGAGUGUGGUCAUUCACAAGGGCUUUCUCGUCCUGUGCUCGUCCCUGGAUCUGACGACCCUGGUCCCCGAGCGUCAAGUGGACCAGGGCAGGGGUUUUGAAAGCAUCCUGGACAUCCUCUCUGUCAUGUACAUCAACGCCCACCUGCCUCGGGAGCAGCGGCACUGCUGGCGCCUGCUCUUUUCAUCUGAGCUCCACGGACACAGCUUCUCCCAGCUCUGCGGCCACAUCACUCACCGGGGGCCCUGUGUGGCUGUCCUUGAGGACCACGACAAGCACGUGUUUGGUGGCUUUGCCUCCUGCUCCUGGGAGGUGAAGCCUCAGUUUCAAGGGGAUGACAGAUGCUUCCUGUUCUCCAUCUGUCCCAGCAUGGCCGUGUACACACACACAGGCUACAAUGACCACUACAUGUACUUGAACCAUGGACAGCAGACGAUCCCGAAUGGACUGGGGAUGGGGGGGCAGCACAAUUACUUUGGGCUUUGGGUGGAUGUUGAUUUUGGGAAAGGACACAGCAGAGCUAAGCCCACGUGCACCACGUACAACAGCCCGCAGCUGUCGGCCCAGGAGAACUUCCAGUUUGACAAGAUGGAGGUGUGGGCGGUUGGAGACCCUUCAGAGGAGCAGUUGGCCAAGGGCAACAAGAGCAUCCUGGACGCGGACCCUGAAGCCCAGGCCCUGCUGGAGAUCAGUGGGCGGUCGCGCCACAGCGAAGGGCUCCGGGAAAUCCCGGACGAUGAGUGAGGAGCCGCCUGAGCCUUCCUGGAUUCCUCUGGGUAGAGGGCACCGCCUGCAGCCCCUCUUCCCUCCCCCAUGGUUUAACUGUCAUAGAGUGCCACACGGGUCACAGCCAGGUAGUCCCAGCUGUGCCAACAAGACGCCCUCUGAGGCCAUGUCCAGACUGAUGGGUGGAUCUCCCAGAAAUAGAUGUUUUUUAAAUUUUAUAUUUUGCCCUACAGGGUCACUCUCAGGAUCUCUCCGAGAAAUCUUAAGUGUCAAAUUAGUAACUCAGUCUUAUACUUUGUUCUUUUUUACCAAUGAAAUGCUAAGCAGCUGAGACCUUUCAGACCCCCGCUGGCAUUAGGGAAUCCCACUGGCAUUAGCGUUUGUGGGGAGCGCAACCUCUCUAUUGAGGAGGGGCUUCCUUCCGCUGAGGUUCACAUGGCCUCACUCAGGCCAUCCUGUUAGAAGGUGGGACCUGAUGGUCUGUUCCGACGGGUAAGGGACAGAGGCAUCUGGAUGAAAAUCUUGACGCUUUCUGGGAACAGCUUCCAAUGGCAUGAGAGUUCUGUAUUUAAAAGCAUGAACUGUAUAAAAUGGGGAAAUGGAGGCAGGAGACUUUGAGGUAACAUGGUGUCGUCGUGGCGUGAGUCCUCAGAAGGUGUUUGUAAUUAAGGUUCCACACCCAGCUCUCUCAGCUGUUUUUAAAUGAAUGUGUGUCAUGAAUAGAUGGGAAAGUUGGGAGAUCUGUCUACAGAGAAGCAAAGUUGUGGUUCUCUUGCUAACUUCAAGGUGAGGGACACUAGGCGUCCUCAGUUUGGGAGCUUGGUUGCUAAAUACAUACAUGGUCCAUUCCAUAAAUCAGUGGUGAGUGACUGGCGUGGGUUCUAGACCUCCGGGGACCGGCGCCUGAGUCCCAGCUGUCUAGGCCUCGGUGCUGGCCUGGGUCGUAGACUUCCGGAGACCGGCGCCUGAGCCCCAGCUGUCUAGGCCUCGGUGCUGGCCUGGGUUCUAGACCUCCGGGGACCGGCGCCUGAGUCCCAGCUGUCUAGGCCUUGGUGCUGGCCUGGGUCGUAGACCUCCGGGGACCGGCACCUGAGCCCCAGCUGUCUAGGUUUCGGUGCUGGCCUGGGUUGUAGACCUCCGGGGACCGGCGCCUGAGCCCCAGCUGUCUAGGUUUCGGUGCUGGCCUGGGUUCUAGACCUCCGGGGACCGGCGCCUGAGUCACAGUUGUUGGUACAGCCAUUUGCCCAGGGCUGCUCGCAAGGGGGAUGAUGGAAAAUUCAGCAGUGUAAACUCGCUUUAAACAUGCUCCAGUGAUCCCGAAAUGCUGAAUAUCAUGUAGGUGGGUUGUUGGGUCAGCAGAGCUGCCAUCUGCCCACGUCUGGAAAACAACACAUGGUGAGUCACCAGUUGGCCACGAGAAUUCUCCACUUUAAAGGCACUGUGAGCUUGUCCCUAAGAUACAUACCUCUGCCUUUUGUCUUUUGCCAUAAGCUUUGACCUGUUGCAGAUCUGAUGAAAAUACAGCCUCUUAUUAUAUAGUUCGCCUUGAUUAUAAGCCAUAGUAAAUCAAGCUGUUCACAUUUUGCAGGCUCUGCAUUUUCUACUAGGAGGUUCAUCAAACCUUCCACUUAGCAAUACCCCGACUCAGGCAGAAUGCCUUGUAAAUUAGCCUUCAAAAGAAAAGUGCACGCUCAGACAGUGUAUGGAGGAACAGGAGCGUGAUGCAGACAAGGACUUAGUCAUGGCUGAUUUUCCUUGGCCAGUUUUUAAUGGCUUGUGGGGAACAUUGUCAUCUUCCGAACCGACAUAUUGGCAGAUGUAGAAUAUUAGGAUGCUCAAACAUCUCUACCAUGAGUCCAAGGAAUUUAGGUCCCUAUUAUCACUUUGUUUUUGAAUGUUUUUUAUAAAAAUGCAACUAAAUACCUCACUAUUAAACUGCCAUGUUGCCUCAGUUAAAAAA